AUGUAAAGCUAAUGAAAUCCAUUAACAUUCUCUGGUAAAGUGUAUACAAAAAUAUGUAUAAAACCAGAAAACAUUAAUGGACAAUAGCAAACCAGAGAACAUAAAACAAACUCUGAGUAAACCAAGUAAUUCAUAAUGGUUAAUGAAAGUUUGAUUAGAACUUAGCAUUAUUUUAAAACCUAUAAUUUGCUUAUGGGUAUUAAUAAAAAGUGGAUUUUACAUUGAUGUGGAUGUAAACGGAGGAAGAUAAACCUUCUUACGUGAAUAUUGUUGUAUGAACCAUGGUAUAGAUUUAUAUCGCUACUCCCGCUGUGCCAAGGUGUGAAUUAUUUUGAAUGUAGUGGGUGUUAAGCCACCUUCAGCAAUGGAGAUACCAUAAAGAUCUCAUUAACACGAUUCCAAAGAAUUGAGCUUACAUAUGUAGUUACAUAUAUACACAUUUAAGGAAAUGAAUAUACACAAUGCGUCAAUUACCUGGCCGUCGGGAUCUAAAUCAUUUUGGAAGCUGUAAAAAUAUAUAUAUACAUAUACUUGUUUAGAAAUGGCCAACAGUGAAGCUAGUGUAAACAAUCUGUGGCUUUUGCUUUUAUGGGCGCAUACAUGCGUAUGCAAGCAAGAUAUUUAAUUAUUUGAAGCAAACAAUGGCAGUUUGGUAUACAUAACGCGCGUGUAUUUACAUACAUAUGUUAAAUGGCACAGUAAAAGUAUAAAAAUACGAGUUCUUAAUAUUCGGAAUGAAUCCAAUGGAAAUGUGGUUGAUACAAAAAUGACUACCAUUUUCUGAGGAGCCAUAAGCUGUACAAAUUUAUACUUUAAUCACAAUUGAAAUUAAAUACAAACUUAAAUACAUAUAUCAUGGAGUUCUCAAUACCCUUAACAUGCUCAGGACGUACCGUGCGGAUAUAAGAGUGAGAAAGAAAACUAGCAUGUUGCAGUGGUAAACUUAUUUUUCCUGCUGGCUUUGUUCAUAUUUAUGCAUGUUGCAUUAGCAUAACAUGAAUCUUGCAAUAAUAUAAUUCAAGUUGAUCUGUUUUAUGAGAAUUGUAAUUUAGUAACAAAAUAUAGAAGGUGUUCUCAAAGUUUUGUUUUAAGCCUGCAUCAUUAUAGGAAGAUUAACUCGAAUAUUAGCAAUAAGAAGUUGAGUAGAUUAUGUCGAGUUUUAUUAGCGAAAGUGGAACUUCUGCUGAAUUACAACUUAAUAGCAGAGUAGUGGCCGUAGUAUCUGCGACAUCGACGGCAGCAGUGGCUGCAACUGCGCUUGUGGAGACUUCAAAUCAAAUAAAUUCGAAAAACUCAAUUAUGCAACGGGACAAGUCCGAGACACCUGCAAUUAGUUGUCCUGACGACAUGGUUAGUACAAAUCCUGCGAUCGAAGAAGAAACCCGAUUUAGCGAUACCAGAGGGGGGAUAAAUCUAUCAUUAAUGCAAAACUCGCCUCCACCCCAUAGUUACCGACAUUCGCGAGCCUAUCGUCAUUUUAAAAAUCCACCACAACCACAUAUGUGUAUUCGCACAACCUCAGAAUCGGGUGAAGAACUAUUUAUUAAUGUACUUAGUUGGACGAGAAUAGUGAUACCACAAGAGCCUACCGACCCUAUACCAUUAUAUGGAGGAAUGAGGGUCCCUCCAGGAAGUCCUCGAAGCCCGCCUAUUGUUUUUGCUGUUAUGGCAAAUCCCGAAGUUUUAAAGGAUUCUGGACGUCAUAGCAAAGAUCCAGAGGAACGCAGAGCUAUGGUUGAAUUAAUGUGUGAUUUUGUAGAAGCAAUGAAUCCUGGUCUUAAAUUAGUAAGGAACGCCAUUAUUCUGAAGGAUAGGGAUAUAUCUGGAGAACUAAAAGAUGUAUGGAGUGCGGUGCAAGCUCAAAGAGAUCGAGAAAGGGAGGAACAAAUUAUACAACAACGACAGCAGCAUCACUUUCACAGCAUCACCACUCAACAGAUGUUUCCAAAGUCUACUGAAGCUAUACGAAUUUCCGAACAGAAACAAAUCAAUACAGUAUGUACAGAAAAAUCGGAUAAACUUAUGUUGGGUAGUUUAGCUGAAAAAUCCUUAAAUAAUAGAACUGUUUCUGUGCAGUCAGAUAGUACAAAUACAUCUGCCGCAGGUGAUUUCACCGUACAUAUAAAGGACACUGUAAAAUUAAAACAACCUCAAGAAAUGUAUGAAAUAUGUGCUAAUACCGCAAGUGGUGGUGAUGAUGAGAUUACUAUUUUAAGUGACGGAAAGGAUCAAACUAAUGCCACUAAUAAAUUAUCUGCCACAACCGAUACUUGCGAUAAUAGAGAAGUAUCUGCCAAAACUUUUUCUGGCCCUCAACUUAUAAUCGGAGAAGAAAAAAGUAAAAGUAAAGGUUUCGAACAUAUUGAUAGUCCUUUGCCUUUAUCAUCUAGCACAGUACUCACAAUAGAAACUCCCGCUAUAAAUAACAUAGGUACAAGUUCAGGACUUACAACUUCCAAUCAUAUAAAAAUGAAUACAACGGUUUCCCCCGCAGUAUCCGCAUCAACGAUUACUAAAAAAGAUAAAUUAGUUGGGUUUUUACCUAACGGAUGCAUAUUCCCACGUUUUAAGAACUAUAAAAACAAAGAAAAAGAUAAAGAUAAAGAAAGCAAAUCGAAAGAUAAAACUUUACUCAAUGCUUUGAAAAAAAGCAAAGACAAAAAAGUCGCAAAUGUUGAGAAUUGUGAGAAAUCUUCAAUGGACUGUGAUCCAAAGAUAAAUUACGAAAAAAACUGUAUUAGUUUAGAAAAUGAGAUACAACAUUUGGAUCUCAAUAAAAUCGAAACAACCACAAGUGGUGACAACAUGUAUGCUAAGUUGAAAAUCGCCGCUACUUCGGCGUCAGCAAAAUAGAUAGAUUUAUUGUAUUAUUUUCCAGUUAGAUGCACAUAGAUAUGCGCAUAUACAGUGACUCACACGAUUGUUCACACGGUAUCAAUACCGUUCCUAAUCGAUGAACUCGUAAAUGUUUUGAUGUCCUAUAAAUGCUUUUAUUUUGUUUUUCAUUAAACAACUACAAAUAAAAGCAAUAAUGAAGCUAAAUUUAAAACUCGAUAUUAAACUAUCGUAUAACCAACUUUUGCGCAUAUAAUGGAUUUGAUUCUUAUAGGCAUACUUAAACUGAAACUUGCCCAUGUUUCUGGAAUUUUUUAUGUAUGCCCCACAGGUGCUCUGUUGAGUUAAGGUCCGGACCUUACGGAAGCCAAUCUAGCAUAAUAAUAUUAAUGUCCUGAGCUCAUUCUUGAGUCCCCCCUCGCUUUGUGUUUCAGAUCAUUAUCCUGUUGGAAGACAAUGUCUGACACAUUUUCACCAACCAAUUCCAACACUAUAAUGAAGCCAAAAAAUUAAAAUUAUUCCAUUUUAUGAAAUCAUUUUUUUGCGCAAGUCUGAACUCUUCCAGCAAAAGUCUCAAAAAUGAUCACGCUUCCCUUCGGCGUAAUAUUGAAAUUUUACUUAACUUUAAUUUUUGUGAGGGCGUAAAACAUAUUCGUAAAGGGAUCUCAAAACGGAAAAAAAGCUUUUCGAUUGAAGCGUGAUCAUUUUCGUGUGUCACUGUAUAUGUUUAAGAAGUCCGAUCAUUUGUAUUGUAGGAACUCUAAUGUUAAACGGAAACAUUAGCCUUUAAUAAAACAAGUCUUGUUUCAAAACUAAACUAUCAAUUUUUUUGUUUAGUUUUUAUUUGAUAUGAUUUUAUAAUGAAAAAAUUUGUUUACAGAAUUAUUUAAGGAAACUCAUUGAUUUUUAUGGCCCAUGCAUUAAUUUUUAUAUAUAAAAUUUUUCCCCUAAAUGUAACAUUUGUAAUGUUAAUUACGUCCUUUAAACAUAAGUAAAAUUUUGGAUUGCUUUUUUAAAUUGAACGAAUAUAAAGUAAUCAUUUACAUAUUUCCAAAGUAUUAUGAAAUUAGGUUUAGAAAUAAAUUAGCAUUCAUAUAUGUAUACAUAUGAGAUACACAAAAACGAAGUAUCGAAUCAUUUACAUAAGUACAUAUUUAUUUAUGUUUUUAAAACUGAAAGUCUUAAUUUUUUAUUCUUGCAUCUAUCUAUACAUACACUCACGUUCAAAAAUAACACAAAAAUUUUAGAUGAAUAUUUAUGAUUAUAUAUUAUAAUUAUAAAUUUGCUGCUUGGAAAUAAAUGAUCCGAUCACUAUCAAAUCCUCAUCUUCUAUUUAUAGGUCUCCAUCAACAAAUAAAAAAAAAAAUACCGCAUUUCUCACUUCUUGUUAUAUUUCGACCGUAUAUAAUUUUUUUCUUUCUUUCAGAAUUUUAAAACAAUUUAUACGGUAUUUUUUUUAAUCCCCAAAAAUCGCUUUUUUAGGCUUUCAGACUAGGUGUACCCCUUAAUUAUUUUAAAUGCUUCUUACAAAAUAUAUAAUGAACAUAACUAGCCAAUUUUGCAUAUUUUCUUUUUGCAUUUCUGUUAUUUUAGUAUAACACUAAAUGAAUGAAAAAAUGUCACGAAAUUUCAAUAAUAAAUCAAAGGUAACAAAACUAUUACGUUGUAUAUGAACUGAUAUUUUAAGAUCUAAAUUUUAAAUGAGAACAGUAAGACUCCUAUAAAAUGAUGAAUAUAUUCAUUGAAAUUAAGGCGAUUAACGAUACCUCGGAACAAAUUCAAACAAAUAAGAGUUUUUUUCAAAUGCAUAUGACACAGUCAGUUCCUUUUUCAAAAGUGAGUAUUGUCAUAAAAAUAAUAAUUAUGGUGUCUACAAGUUUUACAACUUUAUUCUUUUCUAUUUGAGGAUUACCACAUUGGGGUAGAAUUGUAGUACAGUAAUUUGUAUGUCGCAGAAGAAUCACGAUUAUCUCAGUAAAUUAUUGGAUAAUAUGCCUUAUAUCCAACUCAUAAACUUAAAAUAUCCUUUUCUACACACAUACAUAUGUCCUACUCGUACACCACACUACUGUACUUGGGGGGGGAAAUUAUUGUGUAACCGAAAAAUGUAUAUGUAAGUGGACCUUCCUAUAGAAGCCGAAACGACUUUUCCGAUCAAAAUUAUUUAAAUGUACAAUUAUACAAUAUAAAUUUAAUUACAUUAGUGUUUGGGUGCCCUAUUACACUGCCCUGGUGUAGAAUAGAUACCUAUAUCUAUAAUAACUGCCAUGAGGAGAAUAUGACUGCUGUGUUUAAUAAUUUGUAUCAGUUUGAUUGAAAAAAAUAAAUUAUAUGUGUAUACAUAUGAGUGUAUAAAUAUAUACAAAUACUCUCCUUUUGUCUUGGCAUAAAUUAUUUGGCUACGUAAUACAAUUGAAUUGUGAUUUUUUAAAGUAAAUAUUUCUGAAAAUCUCAAUUCUUUAAUCCAUUAUAUUUAACUAAAUAUAAAGAAAUAUAUAAUUAAAAAUGUAAAAUUAUUAACUAGUUAAAUUAAAAUACUUGGUAAGUUAUUAUACCCCACGAAAGAUGGGGACUAGCUGUAAGUGUAAAUGAUUAAGGCAAUUAUAAUUUAUUAUAACGUUAUAAGGAUGUAAAAUAAACAACCAUAAGAAUGAUAAGAUAUACAAUGUGAAAUAGCAAUAUAUAAUUUUGUAAGUUUGUAACUUUAUAUAAAAAUUGAUAUAUACAUAAUAAAGAAACUUGACUUUUA